GAGGAUAAGUGGGUCCGGACGUAUCAGAAAUGGUUACCCACCUCACAAUCCACUCCUUCAAUGCGCAAUCUCUGUUUCUUAGAGUAAAAAAUCAAGCACAAGAACACGAAGAAGAAGAAGAAGAAGAAGCCAUGGUUUCAGUAGCAGCAGCAACGAGACCAUCACAUCUCCUAUUCUCAAGCUCUCGUUCCCUCUCACCUUUCCAACAAUGCGUUUUUGAAUCCAAGACACUUGUGACGUGUCCCAACAACAACAGCAGCAAUGGGAAGAAGAAACAUGUCGCAGCCGGGGUUCGAUGCAUGGCUGUGGGAACAGCAGAUCAGGCGGCCGGCGCGAAGAAGAAAAAGGGCGCGUUUGAGAUUCAAACGCUGACCAACUGGUUGUUGAAGCAAGAACAGGCGGGCGCGAUUGAUGCGGAGCUCACGAUUGUGCUGUCGAGCAUCUCCAUGGCGUGCAAGCAGAUUGCUUCGCUGGUGCAGAGAGCUAGCAUUUCCAACCUCACUGGUGUACAGGGUGCUGUUAACAUUCAAGGGGAGGACCAGAAGAAACUUGACGUCGUCUCAAAUGAGGUAUUCUCGAAUUGCUUGAGAUCAAGUGGACGAACGGGGAUCAUAGCAUCAGAGGAAGAGGAUGUGCCCGUAGCAGUGGAAGAGAGCUACUCCGGCAACUACAUCGUUGUAUUUGACCCUCUUGAUGGCUCAUCCAACAUUGACGCAGCUGUGUCCACUGGUUCCAUCUUUGGAAUUUACAGCCCAAAUGACGAGUGCCUGGCAGAUCACGGUGACGAUGACACUCUUGACAACGUGGAACAGAGGUGCGUUGUAAGCGUGUGCCAACCAGGAAGCAACCUUCUUGCUGCCGGCUACUGCAUGUAUUCGAGCUCCGUCAUCUUCGUGCUAACGAUCGGAACCGGUGUAUUUGCCUUCUCCUUGGACCCAAUGUACGGGGAAUUCGUGUUGACUCAGGAGAAUAUCCAGAUACCCAAAGCCGGAAAAAUCUACUCAUUCAAUGAAGGGAAUUAUCAGCUUUGGGAUGACAAGUUGAAGAAGUACAUUGAUGAUCUCAAGGACCCCGGCCCUACCGGCAAGCCGUAUUCUGCUCGGUACAUCGGUAGCUUGGUCGGCGACUUCCACCGUACGCUGCUGUACGGUGGCAUUUAUGGGUACCCUAGAGACAAGAAGAGCAAGAACGGGAAGCUGAGGCUUCUCUAUGAAUGUGCACCGAUGAGCUUUAUAGUCGAACAAGCCGGCGGGAAAGGAUCCGACGGCCAUCGUAGAGUUCUUGACAUUAUGCCAAAUGAGAUCCAUCAACGUGUUCCACUUUACAUUGGAAGCUUGGAGGAAGUGGAGAAACUGGAGAAGUAUUUAGCUUGAUUAAUAUGAAGAUUGAAGAGAAAGUAAUUUUGUUUCAUCCCAUGAAUACUUUUGUUGGAACAUUAACAAAGGGUGGUGCAAAAAAAAAAAAAAGAAAAAAAAAAAAAGAUUUUAAGCAUAUUUUACAUCAAGCUUGUGAAGAAAUUGACAAGUUAUAUUGCUUAGAUCUCAUGGGUAUAUAGGAUUUCAGCAAUAUAUAUAUAUGAAUAUUCAAACCGAACUUCGAAAGAUCGGAUUGCUUUUAGUGCACAAGAUGAAAGCAGUGAAAGAAAGACACUUAACAGAUGUUGAAGUGCAUCAUGAAAUUAGUAGUUUAAUUAAUUUCACGCAAUUUUAUAA